CAAAGUACUGCAUUAAAAUUUCUCUUCCUACAUCUUCAUUCUCCAGCCAAGUAGUGCCAUCAUACAUAUUCUAUCUAUUUAUCUUAUCUUGCUUCUUAUAUUUUUCAUUAUGGAAGCCAAGAAAACAAGAGGAAGGCAAAAGGUGGAAAUGAAGAGAAUUGUAAAUGAAGAUGAUAGAUUAGUCACUUUCUCAAAGCGUAGAUCCGGGAUCUACAAAAAACUGAGCGAGCUUAUCACUUUAACCGGGACAGAAGUUGCAUUUCUCGUUUUUUCACCUGGGGGUAAGCCGUUUUCAUUCGGCCACCCUUCAAUGGAAAAUGUGCUUGAUCGUUUUCUGGAAAAUCCAUCAAACACAGAUGGCACCCACGAACUUGUGGAGGAGUAUAGGAGGGCGAGGAUCGAUGAGCUAGCACAAAAGUAUAAUGAAAUGCAACAGCAGUUGGAUGACAAUAAGGAAAAAGGCAGCAAGUUGAAGGAUAAAAUAAAAGGUAAUGAGAUAGAGGAUUGGUGGAAUGCUCCAGUCGAAGAGCUCAACCUCCAAGAGUUGAUUGAAUUGGAGAAGAAGUUCGAAGGCUUACAAAUGACCUUGCACAGCAAGAUGAAAGACAGCAGUAAUGUUGCAUCCUCUUCACAUGCUCCAGAAGUAGGCAACCCGUCAGAAUCUCAUGCAAAUGAUUCAAACGUUGCCUCUCAUGGAAGUAACUGGGGCGUGUGAAGUUCUGAACAACUUUGUUGAAAAGGGCUGUCGUUACCUUUUUAGGGUUUAUGUUUACAAAUAUUUUUAAGUCUAUUGUUUUUUUUAUUUUGUUUAGU